ACUGCUCAGCGGUAUGUUCUGAUUUCUGGCUGGACUUCUACUGUCUACCAUGUCAGUCAGAUUUGAAGUAUCAGCGGCCGACCUAGAGGAAGAAUCUCUAACAGACGCUCCUGACGUAGGCGUGUCUUCUCGCAGUUCAGGCUAUGGGGCCGUCAGUAAACCUCAAGUUAGCAUUGAAAUGAAGAAUCAGAAAUCAUCAAAAGGCAAUCCUUUUCGCAAUCUGAGAGACAUAGAACUUCAAAGCGACCAUUUCGGCUCUGUCGAAGGAAAUUUGGCUUUGUUUGAGGAUGAAAUACAUCGCAGACCGAAGAUUAGUGCUUUGUUGUCUACUUUGGCCAAAUAUGAUCCUGCACCUGCUAGCAAUACUGAAGAUGGUAAACCCAAGAAGAACAAGACUACCAGAAUGGGAACACUGAUGGGAGUAUAUCUUCCAACUAUUCAGAAUAUCUUUGGAAUCCUUCUGUUUCUGCGUGUUACAUGGAUUGUCGGCAGAGCUGGAGUUGUUGGUUCAUUCUUCAUAGUGUUCAUUUGCUGCUGCUGUACGAUGUUGACUGCACUAUCAAUGAGUGCAAUUGCUACAAAUGGUGUUGUUCCUGCUGGUGGUUCAUAUUUUAUGAUAUCACGUGCAUUAGGUCCUGAAUUUGGUGGUGCAGUUGGACUGCUGUUUUACUUGGGUACAACAUUUGCUUCUGCAAUGUACGUACUAGGAGCCAUAGAGCUAUUAUUGACUUACAUGAUUCCUAGUAUGGCUAUUUUUGAUCCUGACACUGACAUGUUCAACAACAUGCGUAUAUACGGUACAAUCAUUUUGUUGGUUCUUGCCCUCAUUGUGUUUAUUGGAGUGAAAUAUGUUAACUACUUCGCAUCUGUGUGUCUCGUCAGUGUGAUUAUUUCCAUUACUGCAAUCUAUGCAGGCAUUUUAGCUGCUGGCCAUGGAUACCCCAGGAGACAGGAGUAUUGCACACUUCAAGGUGUUGCUGUGGCUAGCCAUUUUAAUUGCAACUGUAGUCUUCCUGCUCCUGAGUGGCUGAACUGUGUGGGAAAGAACACAACAGCAUAUCAUCAUUGGCUUAAAGAGAAUACAGUUCCACAGCUAAAAUCAAGCAAUCCCUUUCCAGGACUUGGCAAUACAGACUUUGCAUCAAAUGCCAAGUCUCAUUAUCUUAGUGAAGGAGAGGCAGAUGAUAACAACAAAGCUUGGGACCCACAGAUUGGGGCUGAUGCUACUACGUCAUUUACCAUUUUGUUGGCAAUAUUCUUUCCAUCUGUUACUGGUAUAAUGGCAGGUUCUAAUCGUUCUGGAGAUCUAAAGGAUGCACAACGGUCAAUACCACGUGGAACGAUUGCUGCUAUUGCCACAACAUCAAUUGUUUACCUGACUUGUGUUAUGUUUUUUGGUGGAACAAUUGAUGGACCUCUGCUUCGAGACAAGUUUGGUGAAAGUAUAGACGACAGUCUGGUUGUAGCUGAACUGUCAUGGCCAUCACCAUGGGUCAUUUACAUUGGAGCUUUUCUUUCAACUAUUGGAGCUGGUCUGCAGAGUCUUACUGGAGCUCCUCGCCUUCUCCAGGCAAUUGCUCGCGACAAUUUAAUUCCUAUUUUGGGAGUAUUUGCCAAGGGUAAUAGCAAAGGAGAGCCCACUGUAGCUCUCAUAUUGACGGCUUUCGUCGCAGAAGUUGGAAUAAUAAUAGCAAAUUUGGAUCAAGUAGCACCUAUUAUCACAAUGUUUUUCUUGAUGUGUUAUGGAUUUGUCAACUUGGCUUGUACUGUACAGUCUCUCUUGAAAACUCCAAACUGGAGACCAAGGUUCAAGUACUAUCAUUGGACCACAUCAUUUAUUGGUGUUAUUCUCUGUAUCAUAUUGAUGUUCAUCUCAAGUUGGUAUUAUGCUCUAGCUGCAAUGGCUAUUGCUGUUGUUGUUUACAAAUACAUCGAAUAUCGAGGAGCUGAGAAAGAAUGGGGUGAUGGUAUUCGUGGUCUUGCACUGCAGGCUGCUCGAUACAGUCUAUUGAGGCUUGAACAAGGGCCUCCUCACACAAAGAAUUGGAGGCCACAAGUGCUGGUGUUGCUGAAACUGGAUGAAGAUUUCAAACCCAGUGAUAGCAGACUUCUUAGUUUUUCAAAUCAGCUCAAAGCAGGGAAAGGUCUGACUCUUGUCUCAUCGGUUCUCCAAGCUGAGUUUAGAAACUCGUUUGGAGAAGUGUCUGCUGCUAAACAAUGUCUGAAACGGGCCAUGAUUGAGGAGAAAAUUAAAGGUUUUACUCAAGUGAUAGCGUCUACAGAUGUAGCUCUUGGACUGUCUUAUCUAAUUCAAGGCUCUGGUCUUGGAGGUCUCACUCACAACGCUGUGGUGUUUGGCUGGCCUGACUCUUGGAGAAAGAAAGACAGCUGGAAGCUUUUCGUUGCCACUAUUCAAGAGGCGGCUGCUGGUCAUCAUGCUGUAUUGGUUGCUAAAGGAAUAUCAACGUUUCCAGACAAUAAGCAACGCCUUCAAGGGACUAUUGAUGUGUGGUGGAUUGUUCAUGAUGGUGGGAUGUUAUUGUUAUUGCCAUUUCUUUUGAGACAAAGCAAAGUGUGGAAGAACUGCAAGCUGAGAAUAUUUACCGUAGCACAGAUGGAAGACAACACUAUCAAGAUGAAGCGCGAUCUCACCACUUUCCUUUACCAACUACGUAUUGAUGCAGAAGUAGAUGUCAUUGAAAUGUUGGACAGUGAUAUUUCAGCAUACACGUAUGAACGAACACUGUUAAUGGAAGAGAGGUCAAAGAUGUUGAAAGAAAUGGGACUGACAAGAAAACAACGGCAAGGAGUUGUGGACAACGUGGUUGAAUUGGCUCAUCAGACUGGAUCGUCUCAUGCUCCUCCUGAUGUCAAUGAAGCUGGUGUUGCAAAUAGUGUCAGCAGGAGGUGGUCGAAAUCAAUCAGUCAAGAAACGCACAACCUCCUGGUACCUGAUGCUUCACCAAGUCUUAUCAAGCCGAGUGAAGGCAACGUUCGGCGUAUGAACACAUCAGUCAAGCUGAAUGAAUUGAUAGCUCAAAAAUCGCACAGUGCCAAACUAGUCAUCCUCAACCUUCCCGGGCCUCCAAAAGAUGUCAGAGAUGCAGAAAACUACAUGGAAUUUCUGGAAGUGUUGACUGAAGGUAUUGACUCUGUGCUGAUGGUUCGAGGAGGAGGAAGGGAAGUUGUAACCAUUUAUUCAUAGAUUGUAGGUGUAGCAAGUCAUAACGUGUACUAUAGAUGUUAGUAGCAUGUUCGGAAUGCAGCAAGGCACAGUUACGUAUGGAAACCACGAGAAUAAACAGUAAACGGUCUGCAACGUGGUAUUGCCCAUAGAUGAUACCUAUAGGCUCCUGUAGUGAUGAUGUGACAUCAGUUAAUCGUUUAUCAUAAAG